AUGGUUUCUAACAACAGCGACCCAUCGAUCAAAGCUUUGAUUGUCAAGAUCGACUCCGAUACCCGCGACAUCGUCAUCGAAGAACUUGACGAAACACAUUUGCUCGUGGAUCCGUCCAAGAUCGUCUAUAUCAAACAGGAACUCAACAAGAUCCUAUCGAAAAACGCCUACAACCCGUUGCUCACGUCUCCGUUUUCGCUCACCAUGUUAUCGUACUCGUCGUCGUCCGAGUACACGUCGAGGACCAACUCUGGGUCGUCCAGAUCGAUCAUCUCACUGACAAGAUCCGCCCACAUCGAAAUAAUAACGUCCACGUCGAGCAAGUACUCGACAUCGCGAGACUUUUCUGAUUCGGCUUUGGAGUAG